AUGUCUCCAGAAGAUAGCGAACAGACUUAUAUUGACGAUUUUACCCAGAGAAAUUACAGAAUAUGGAAGAAGAACACACCUUUUCUCUACGACUACCUUCUGACAAAUUCACUCUUGUGGCCGUCGCUAACAGUUCAGUUCUUUCCUGAUCGGACUGAUGGACAAAUAGAAAGCGGAACUUCUAAAACUUCAUCUGAAGAUUCUGAUAAUAUAUAUUUCCAAAGACUACUUCAUGGUACAUUUAGUUUGGGCCUGUCAGUGGAUAGUAUCCAGAUUCUCCAGGUUCCUGUUUUUGCUGACUUGAAUCGCAAUCUCCGUAUUGACCGACUUGAUUUCAAUCUGGAAAAGCAGGAAUUCGAAUUAGCUACUUCUGUCAACAAUAAAUUCAAGGUGCUUCAAAAGAUAAACCAUAUGGGAGAUGUUAACAAGGUGAGGUAUAUGCCCCAGAAACCAAACAUCAUCGCCAGCGCCAACAAUAUGGGCGACUUGGCGAUAUACGAAAGAACAAAACACAAAAGCUUCAAGAACUCGCUCAUAGACGAUACCGACCUAAAUAAGGUCCAGGUAUAUCUCAAGAACAGUAACUCCGCAGACGUAGAAGGUACCGAUAUCUUUGCUAUCGAUUGGAACAAACAAAAGGAAGGUACUAUUGUAUCAGCCAGUAUGAACGGCGAGAUAAAUCUAUAUGACAUUCGAAGCAAUUUUGUAAAGGAUAAGUCUGUUGUUAAUGAAUCCUGGUACUACCACAAUGAGAGCAGUACAGGUGUCAACGAUAUCGAAUGGCUCCCUCAACAUGACUCCCUAUUUAGUGCUGUAGAUGAUGCCGGUUUCAUUUCUUUGUUUGACACGAGAGAAGAAAGCAAACUAGUUCACCGUUACAGACUGUCUGAAGUUGGAGUUAACAGUAUCAGUGUCAACCCUGGAAUUUCUCAUUGCAUAGCUACUGGUGAUAGCAACGGUCUGAUCCACGUCUACGAUAUAAGAGGUAUUGGAAGCGAAAUGAACCCUAUCUACUCGAUUCAAGAACAAACUGAAUCUAUCACACAGCUUAAAUGGCAUCCACGGUACCAUAAUGUGUUGGGUUCGUCUUCCACAGAUCAUCUGGUAAAAUUGUUUGAUUUGGAAAACUCUAGUUCUCUUUUGUUUGCACAUGCUGGCCAUAUGUUAGGAGUAAACGACUUUGACUGGUCUCACCAUGAUGACUGGAUGGUAGCCAGUGUUUCUGAUGAUAACUCCUUGCAUGUAUGGAAACCAUCGCACACGAUCACAAGAAAGUAUAACAGUAGAUAA